ACCAUAUCCUCCAGACGACACACACCUCGCGGCCGUUGGGAUUGACGCGUAAGGAUGAUGAGCGCACGGCCAAUUUGUAUCCGACCUGAGACAAAUGGCGAUGCGCCAGCCAUCGAAGAAGUCACCGCAGCCGCAUUUAUGAAUGCCGAGCACUCAAAUCACAAAGAGCAAUUCAUUAUCCGCGGCCUCCGCGAAGCAAACCAACUACCAAUCUCGCUGGUCGCAGAAGACGAAAUCGCACAUACCAUUGUGGGCCACGUCGCCGUCUCACCUGUGCAUAUCUCGAAUGGCAGUGAGAAUUGGUAUGGGCUAGGGCCAAUCUCCGUUUUACCUCAGUAUCAAGGAAAUGGCAUUGGGUCGUUGCUCAUGGAACGUGCGUUGGCAGAUCUUCAGGCUUGCCAUGCGGCUGGAUGUGUUGUAUUGGGAAACCCGACAUACUACACGCGAUUUGGGUUUAAGGCAGAUCCUUCUCUGCAAAUGCGGGGGGUGCCACCGGAAUAUUUCAUGGCUCUCACUUGGCAUAAGCAAACACCGACUGGGACUGUAUCAUAUCAUAAAGCUUUUGAGGCGCCCGCAUAUUUCAAAACAUCUUCAUCGUAUAACAUCCUCGUCACUGGCUCAGCUGGUCAUCUCGGUACAGCUUUAAUGCUCACCCUACCUGGUCUAGGCUUCAGACCUCUAGGCAUCGACAUUCUCCCUUCCCCAACUACGACACAUGUGGGCUCUAUUAGUGACCGCGCCUUUAUUGCCUCAAUUUUCGACACCAAUCCCAUUAAGCAUAUCCUUCAUGCUGCGACAUUACAUAAACCGCACGUUUGCAGCCACAGCAAGGAACAGUUUAUCUCAACAAACAUUGUCGGCACCCUAAUCCUCCUUGAAGAAUCUUCCAGGUUCAAAGAGCAGAUAGAGAGCUUUAUCUUCUUUAGUACGACUAGCGCUUUUGGUAUGGCACUAAGUCCCAAGCCGGGAAAUCCCGCCGCUUGGAUCGAUGAAUCUGUUCUUCCUGAGCCAAAGAAUAUCUAUGGUGUGACAAAGGUUGCGGCUGAGGACAUGUGCGCUCUAAUGCAAAAGCAAAGCGGAAUUCCUGUUUUAGUUCUUCGCACAAGCCGCUUUUUUCCCGAGGAAGACGAUGAUGAAGACCGCCGUGCGGCUAUGAGCGAUGAGAACCUGAAGGUAUUGGAACUGGCCUACCGCAGAUGCGACAUUGAAGAUAUUGUCAGCGCGUCAGUCUGCGCAAUGAAAAAGGCCAAGGCAAUUCGGUGGGGAAAGUAUAUCAUAAGCGCCCCGCCGCCUUUCAACAACAAUGCACACACGCUCGAUGUCUUGAAUAGGAACCCCGCAGAGGUGGUGACUAAAAUAUUUCCUGAUGUAGAUGUUGUCUUCAAAGAAAAAGGAUGGAAGCAUCUCGCAAGGAUUGAUCGAGUCUAUGAUUCAAGCAAGGCAGUGAAAGAGCUAGGAUGGAAUCCAAAGUAUACAUUUGGAAGGACAGUGGAUAGGUUAGUUCGCGGCGAGCAAUGGAAGAGUGACUUGACGGUGAAGGUAGGCACAAAAGGUUAUCAUACUGUGAGCACUGGGGUGUAUACAAAGAGAUGAAUAUAGUGAUUGUCUAGAGGUAGAAGCAAGUCACCGAUUAUGAUAGAUUAAAAAAGCAUGUAGACAAGCUCCUACGUGCUGAUUUACUCAGGUUUAUCAACGCUAUAUAGAGGGUUUGUAGUCGUUCCAGCUUCAGAUUCCCCAUUAUUUCCUGGAGUAGAUUCUUCUGCUUCGUCUAGGUCCUCCCAUCAGUACGCAAAGAAUCCUCUACGCUCAUUAGCUGAAGUUAAAUUAUCAAUAUAUGCCGU